AUGGCUUUAUGUUCAGACAGAUUCGGAAUAAACGUGUCUUGUGGUGAAAAUGUAACAAGCAUGCAUUUUGAUGAUGAUAGUUUGGUAAAAUUAAUUACAAAUGAAAUCAUCGAGAUUUUGCAAUUGGAUGAAGAUGAAAUAGGAUGUGCAGUUAUUAAGGAUUUGUUGGAAAAUGGUCGACAAUCAUUAGUCAAAUAUAAAGAUGACAUUAUACCCAAAGUAUAUAAUGAAGUUAUGAACGGUACUGAUACUCGAUUGACGAGUUCAUUAAAAAAUUAUUUUCGCCUAAAGUGGGAAAUAUUAUAUGGUUCAGCACAUUCCUGGUUCAUUUCAUUCCUUCAACAGUAUGAAAAUGGAGAAAAUCAUGAUAUAUAUGAAGCUGUUUUGGCUCGUACAGCAGAAUAUGGAAAUAAAUAUAUGAACGAUUAUCCAUUAUUGUCAAUUAUUCUACAAUUUCUUUUCGAAAGUAUCGAUGAUGACUGUCUAGAGGGAAAAGAUAAUGUCUUCGAUGAUUUGUGGACGACAAUAACUAAUGAUGGUUUACAAUUAAUAACAAAAUAUUCCGAGUAUAUUGUUAAAAAAGUAUUGAAUGAACAGUUAAAAACGGAUUCAGUACUAUUCAAAGUAGUACGCGAAUAUUAUCGUCCAAAUUGUUUUUUAUCUCUAACACAAAGUUCUAUUCCAAAUAAGGGAAAUAUAUACGAAUUAGCAUUAGAUGAUGUUGUUGAACAUGGAUGGUUAAGUAAUAUGAAAUCUAUUCAACAUGAUAUUACACCAAGACGUUAUGAAACCUUAUUGAAAAACCUUCAUUCUUUUUAUAAGAAGCAAAAACUAUCUGAAAAUGAAGAUUCGAGUGGUUCAGUCGCUCCAGCAUUGAAGACCGAUGUAAACGACGUGCAGCAAGAAUCUUCAAUCGAAACGAGUGAAUCCAAUAUAAAUCAACUGGAAAUAAUAGAUGCAAAGCAAAAUGUAAUUUCAACGAAUGAACCAUUAGCAGAUACUACAACUGAUAUCGAUGUGUUGAAUCAUGCUACUACUACAACAAAUAUCGAGAAUAAAGACGCUCAAAAAGAUAAACAAGAACAGGAAGAUAAUGAAUCGAAUGUCUCAUAUGAUUCAAAGACUAAUUCGGACGGCACUGAUAACAUGUUCGAAUGUAGUAAAAAUACUAUAUUCAUUAGUGGGUUACCGGCGAAUAUGUCCAAGGAACGGCUGUUUGAUAAAGUUAAAGAUGUAUUUUCUACUUGUGGUAAUAUUACAACCUAUGGGAAAACAAACAAACCGGAUAUCCACUUAUUUCCGAAAAAAGACAAUAGAUCUAUACUUAAUGGCACAGCCAUGGUAAAAUUUGAAAAAGAAGAUUCGGUGAUGAAAGCAAUUGAAAAAUAUAAUAGAAAACAAGUACCAGCAUUAGAUAAUAAGCAAAUUAAUGUUAGGUUCGGCAGAGUGAAGCGUGAAAAGAUAGAAAUACUAUCGAAAUCAACAGAACCAAAACCAAAAGCUAAAGAUCAUUUUGAAAAAGAUCAAAAUACAAUUUAUACAGAAGUAUAUAGGCAACAACCAAAACGUGAUCAAUCUGUCAGUUCAAAUGGUUCAUUAAAUAGAGUUACUGAUUCUGUUGAUACGCCAAUAUCCAGGAAGAGCGUGAUAUUUGUCACUGGUUUACCAACGAACAUGCUUGAACAACGUCUGUUCGAUACACUAUGGGAUGAAUUUUCCAAUGUUGGUUCAAUUAAAAUUAAUCGAAAAACCAGCAGACCGUGUAUAUGUUUAUUUAAGACAAAAGGUCUCAAGCCACAACUCACCGGAGCAGGAAUGAUCACAUUUGAAAACGAAGAAUCAGUUGAAAAGGCUACCAAGAUUUACAAUGCGAAACAAGUAUCUUUAUUAAAUAAUAAUCAAAUAACUGCCAAGCGAUUUAAAAUAGGACCUGCUAAACCAACACAAUCGUUUGAACCACGUUCGCAAUUACUUCUUCAACCACCGUCAGUGCAAAUGCCUCGACCAGAAGAUCAACCCGAUGGACCAGUAAGCAUCUUUUGGGAUAUCGAGAAUGUACCAAUUCCUGCCGGAAAUGAUGCUUUCGAAAUAGUCCGCAAACUACGACAAAGAUUAAUAAGUGACCGAAAAUUAUCGGAAGGUACUUUUAAAACUUAUUACCGCAACGCCAAUCACAUUCUUCCAGAACAUCGAACCAAUCUUCACUAUGCCAAUGUAUUGGCACAACAUAUAGAAAGUAUCAAGUAUGGAGCUGUCGACAUUCAAAUUCAUAAAGAUCUACAACGGUUCAUAGAGCAACAUAAAACGUCUGCCACAGUGGUUCUUAUAAGUGGAGACAUUGACUUCAUCAACGAUAUAAAUGAGCUUCGGUAUCGCCAUAAACAUUAUACUAUUAUUAUACAUAAUCCACAAGCGAAAGAGCAACUUUUGAAGACAGCUAACGAAUUUAUUCCUUGGGAAGAAUUUAUUGAGAAGAAAUGUAAUAAUGAAUCCAGAAAACAAUGCACGUUCAAGACGUCAAAAAAUCUGUCGAAGGAAGUUAAACAGUCUCAAAUAUUUAGUGUUGCGGUGCUAACAGACAAAUUGACAAGAAUUGCUAGUCCAAAGCAAAACCUUGACAAGACUCGUACAUCCACUCCGCCGUUACAACGUCCACCAUCGAUAGCAUCGAAUUCACCCACCAAUGCAAAACCCAGUCAGGAAAAACGACACAGAAAUAAAACGAAACCUAGUGCUCAAUCGCCAGUACCAUUGGUAUUAUUGACAAACGAAACUGAAAAAUCUGAAAAGAAAAAUAAGCCUGCUGAAGUCGAAAACUUGUUUGUAUGCUCUAUGUGCACUAGAAAAUUUCCUACCGAUGCCGGUCGAAUUCAACAUGAGCAAGAUAAACAUAAAGUUGGUACAUUGGUCGACAUAUUUUCUACAACAUCGACAAAUGAUACACAGAAUCACAGUCAGUCAUCUAACCACGACAAUCUAUUAUAUACUGAUCUUAUUGCCUUAACCUAUGAUGACGAUGAUGAUGAUGAUUGGGAUCUUUCACAACCGAAUUUAUCAACAGUAACGACUGGAACAAAUCUUCCCGUAGAAGACAUUAGUGAUGGUGACAGCGACGCGUCUGAAUCAUCAUUCACUCAAAUUGAAUGA